CGGUAAAAUGUCGUCGACGAAAAUGGCGUCGAGCAAGAGAAAACAGGAUGAAAAACAUCUAAAAAUGUUACGAGAGAUGGCGGCAUUGCCUCACAACAAACAAUGCUUUGAUUGCCACCAAAGAGGGCCAACCUAUGUCAAUAUGACGGCCGGAUCGUUCGUGUGUACGUCAUGCAGUGGUAUACUACGUGGUAUAAACCCUCCACAUCGUGUGAAGUCUAUAUCAAUGACAAGCUUUACACCUGACGAGAUGGAAUUUCUCAAAUGCCAUGGCAAUGAUCUUUGUAGGAAAGUAUAUUUGGGGCUGUACGACAGUCGGUCUUGUCCUGAGCCUGAUGCCAGAGAGGAACAAAAAGUGAAAGACUUUAUGGUACAAAAAUAUGAGAGGAAGCGAUUCUAUGUGGCACCAACAGAGGCGAUGAAGGAGGAGGCGCGGCACAUGAACGAAGCAGCGAUGAACAAACAACCACAAACCAAACCUUUGAAGUCCCUUCUUGGGAACAACACCACCCCUUUGGUUGUCCAAAAUCAGGCACAGCCAGCAAAGCCACAGACAACUCCGGGUCCCAUCACAGUACCUACGCCCACACAGCCCACCCCCACCCCAAAACAGGACCUGUCAUUCCAGUCGCCAGGGCAACAGAGCCAAUCGUCACAGUCAUCAGGCUCAACCACCAUGGACCUUCUUGGGGAUUUAGGGGGUGAUCCGUUUGCCUCGUCAGCCCCACCGCCGGCCCCUUCUUCAGGUGGAGGCGGGUUUGCAGAUUUUAGCAACUUUAAUAGCCAGUUCACAGCACCAGCACAAACCAGCCUCCCCUUCCAAUCUAGCGGCAACACACUUUUUCCCAUGGGAAGUUCAGCCCAGGAUAAGCCUCCGACCACAGCUAACGGGGUUUUCUCUACUCCUCAGUCCACCCCAGCCUCUACACCUGCCUCUUCUGCGGCACAACAAGGGGGAGAUAAGUAUGCAUCUUUGGCCGACCUAUUCAGCUCGGACCCAGUAGCUACAACCCAGCCAAGUCCCUCGGUGGGCUGGACCGGUGGCUCUGGAGAUAACGGGUCAGCCCUUAACUGGGGAUCCGGAGGGGGUGGCAGCUGGGAUGGAUCAGGGGUCAAAAACACUCCGGCGCCGGCUCAGACCCCCACUACAGCAGUCAGCUGGAAUAGCCAGCCAAACGCUGCGGCCAAUACUGGCUUCAACUGGAACACCUCCUCCACCACAAAUGCCACAUCUUCCAACGCGUUUCCUAAUGCAGCCUCGCAGAGAGUCGGAAACCCAGGCAACCCCUUUAUCUCGUCAGCAUCUGGUGCAAACCCAUUUGGUGGAGGAUCAACCACAGUACCUGCACAGCCAGCUAUGGGACCAGCCAGUAAUCCAUUCGGAGGAGCAGGGAGCCAGUCAUUGUUUGGUGGUCAGACUCAGCCUACCCAGGCAGGGUUUGGCCAGCCAGCAAUGGCCCCAGGAUUUGGUCAGCAGCCACCCGCAACUUCCAUGGGCGGAUUUGCUCAGCCCCAGACAUCAGCAGCUGGGGGCUUUGGUCAGUUUGGUGCAGUGCCGCCAUCUAGUGGGAUGGGUGGUGCACCUCAACAACAAGGUGGCACUAAUUUCGGACAAUUUGGAAUGCAAAAUGGUGGAGGCAAUGUAGCUCCAGCCGCUGGGGGCUUUGGUGCAUUCUCUCAGCCCCAGACCAUGUCAAAUUUUGGUAAUGCCAUGCCACCAGGACAUUUUGAUAACAAAAUGGCGGGUAUGUCAAUUCAGCAACAAGGAUUUGGGCCGGCAGCUGGAGGUGCAGGAUGGGGACAGCCAGCGCCUACAGCCAACCCCUUCAUGUCUGCAGCUUCCCAGCCUGUAGCCCCUUCGAGCAGCUCGAACCCGUUCUUGUGAUUACCAAAGACAAUAGUAGUUUUAACUGGACAAGAAUCAAGUGACCAUAUAUGUGAUGGUAAUGUAGAUCAGGUCAGGUGAUCAAGUCAUGUGAUCAAGUCAUGUGGCCAGGCUUGUGACUGAUACAUUUGAUGUCAUGUGAUCAGUCAUAUCUAUGUUUGGGGUGCUUACGUUAAAGUGAGAUCAUCUCGAGGUGAUGACCAUACUUGCAACAAAGUCUCAUCUGAAUCCAAUACAUUAUUCCUUUCCCAGCACUCAAGGUUGUGAAGGGGAUGUGGAAAAAUUGAUAUAUGCCAGACAUGGUAAAAUGUAACAAGACUUUUGAUUGGUCAAUCCUCACAUGAUGAAAUGUUACAAGAGUUUGGAUCGGUCAAUCCUCACAUGAUGAAAUGUAACAAGAGUUUGGAUUGGUCAAUUCUCACCUGAUGAAAUGUAACAAGAGUUUGGAUUGGUCAAUUCUCACAUGAUGAAAUGUUACAAGAGUUUGGAUCGGUCAAUCCUCACAUGAUGAAAUGUAACAAGAGUUUGGAUUGGUCAGUCCACUGACUUGAUGAUAUUACACAAGACAAACAUUUUGUACAAAGCCAGAUAUCAGAUCACUGCAUCAUCAUGCUACUUGUGUAAGGGUUUUUACUGUGCCAGAUCAGCAGAUCCAGAUAUCUACAUACACGCGAUCAAAUUCUAGGAUUGUGGACAUUUGUUAGUGUGCUAGCGUUUAUUGCCUGUUUAAUUUGGGGAGAGUAAAUUUAUUUAUUGCAAGAUUUGCUGCUUCAACCCUUGGAUGGCUGAGCAUCUAGGUGUCAGAAUGAUUCAACAGUCGAUGUGUCGCUAAUAGAAUGACACUGUAGUAUAGAAUUACUCAACCUGAGGGCGACUCAGAUAGAGGAUUAACUGAGGCAUAUAGUGACUGUAGUCUUGAAUGACUUGGGAUGGGAGGUCACUGACUCUCAGGCAGAGUGACAUGAUUGGCUGAGCUUUUUGGAUGGAAGGCGAAAUCAGACAGUAGAAUGACUCAGAAGGGAAAGCAACAGCAACCUCCACAAGAAGAGCUGAUGAGGAACAAAAUUAGACUCAUUUUACACGGGACAAGUCGUAUGGUUGUUGAUAUUGUGAUGUUUGAACACUAGGUGAUAUUUGAGUGCAAUGAUUAGAAAUAUUGUAGAGUUAUCUUCCUUACAACUACUUCAGGCAUCGUUCUAUAGAGUGUGGCAUUAUAAUUAAGGAACAAAGGAAACGUAGUACAUGUACAUGUUUAUGCAAACUGUGGAUUUUAUUAUUUCUUACUUUAUGAAAUAUUUAUACUGGAACCACGAUUAUCUUGGUUAUAAAGCCGAUGACAUAAAGGAAUUUCUGAAAUAAGUAGGAAAAGUAAUUUAAAAAAUAAACCUGUUUGUUGAGGAAAAACAUGUCUCCCAUAUUUUUUCUCGGAGCAUGUUCAAAGUAACGUGGAUCAAAUUUGGGGGGACGUACAAUUUCAAAUUUAGAAUACUAGCCUGUAGGUUGAUUUUGAACUGUUGUACUUGUCUAACCUAUAUUUACUAGCCCCCGGCGUCGCGGGGGGGGGGGGGGGGGGGGGGUUGGAUUGUACAUUGCAGAUAGUUGAUACCAACAGGAUAUUACCUGUUAAUCAUCUAGGAUGUUAUAACAGUAUUGUACAUGUUUACACUUAUUCUUUGUACUCACUUUAAAAUGUAUUGAAAGUAUUCAUGAAGUAUUUAUUGCUUGUUUUAACAAACGCAUAAAUGAAAGAAUAUGUUAUAUUCUCUCAAAGAUAUUGACACAGGAACAAUUGCGUUGUAUUAUGUGGGAUAAUUACGGUAAAUACACGAAGGUUAGCAGUCUUAUAUAAGACCCAUUAUUUACCCGCUCCACUCAAAUGAACACCAGAGGAAACACACGGGGAAGUGCUUUUAACGUAAGCAUUGGUCUAUUGUAGACGGCUACACAAGACGUAACUUAAAACUCCUUCUACAAAACAGGUACCAGCGUGAUUUAUAGUGAGCUUAUUUCAUAAUUUUGUUUGCAUAUUUAUUUCUGUAGAGUGUGAUGAAAAUUGAUUUAAAUUGAACAAUUUUAUAAUUCAGCUGCCUAGUUUUCACCUUUAACAUUGUCAUCAGUAUUCAUUAUCGUAUUGAAAUGGAUAAAAAUCCAUUAUCAGAUCCAUUGUGAAAGUACAUUUGUAGGUCAUUCAUAUUUCCAACAUCAUGUGUUAUACCUUUUAAAGAUUUGAUAAAAAUUGUACAUUAACAGAUUUAAAACAAUCAAAUAUAAGUUGAAAUACAACACUUUGUACAUUACUUUGUUUAAACUACACUCUUUUAAAAAAAAAGUUACCUGUACAGUCCAGAAUGUUUAGAUGGAAUGUACUGUAUUGCAUUGCAGUAUUAUAGUAUUAAAUUUAUAUUCUAAAAUUUGAAUACAAGUUUACAUUUAUUUAAAGGUACAAUAAAGAAGGAAAAUAUUUGAUCAGUGCAAAGGUAAAGAUUUAUAUUUGAUAUUCAAAAAUACAAAAUUCUCAAUUGCAAACAAUACUUUACAUUGAUCAUUUUAAUUAAGCAUAUCAGAAAACAUUUGACUUAAAAUGUCUUAUUAAUAAAACAAAAACAUUUGACUAACACCAUGAAACUGCAGCAGGGAAUUCUGGGAAAUGUUAAUAUAUGGGAGGUUUUGCAUGGGAUAUUAAUAUGUAGAGACAAUCUAAUAACAGAGUUAUUACACAGGCCGUGAAAGUAGAAUUAGAAAUUAAUUUGUGAGUGAAAAACUUGCAUGGGACCAUUUACUAUUUCUGUUACAGCCAGCAACCUGUAGUACACACUUCUACAUUUGGGUAGAAAUAUGCAGAUAGGAAAACCUGGUUUGAUUUUCACAUGUUGAUGUAAUAAAUUUGUCAACAUACAGUUGUUUAGUUUUUUUAGAGAUGUACAUAUUAUAGAAUGGGUAAUGCUGAACUAUAUACAUUACAGUAUAUCUGAUAGCAGUCCGACAUUACACCAUAGUUGUCAUAACAAGGUAAACAUGUUAAUUACCUACCCCGACAGUGUUAGAGGUUGACACGGCAAGAUACUUUUGACAGGCACUGUGUCGCAGUUGGCAAUAUCAGGUAGCAUUACAAAGGGAGAUAAUUCAAUAAUGGACAAGCGAAUUAGAUUAUAAAGGGAGAUAAUUCCACUUUGGACAGGUGAUUUAUGUUUUUGUUGGUGUUGUAAGCUGCCUGUAUUCUGCUGGUAUUUGUCUUUGUUAUAUGUUGUUAUUCCUACACUUCAUUUAACUUCAAUUUUUUUUGUAGGAAAGUCUUUAUACAUGGCAUUGAAAAUUAGUACCUCAUAUAUAAAAGAUCAAUUGAUAAAAAUAAAAGACACAAAUUGUCGAUUGACAAUAAACAAAUAUUUCUUACAUGUACACAAAUUAGCAGGUAAGAAGUAAACCAGAUUUGUUAACAGUUUGAUAAAUUUGAUGGUAUAACAUUUUAAGACGUCCCUUGUUAAUUGUAUGUAGCUUAAACAAAUCCUUAUAAGACCCUUACAUUAGAAAUGAAUUCAUAAUUUACAUUUUGUUUUUAAAUUUUAAUCCCAUUAUGUUAUUUUGUUUGUGUGUUGUUUAUCAAUUUAACUGAUAUAAUUGAUCAGGUUUUGAAUACGGUUACAAAUUCAUAUAUUAAAGACCUGAUAUUGUCCUUAAAUUAUUUUAACUAGAAAAGAAAUAUGUGUUGUAGGUUUCAAUAUGACGAACAUCAGACAAACGGUGUAAAAAAAAAUAUUGGCUUAAUGAUCAUUAAACCAAUGGUUAUUUUUUCUCUGUACUGUCAAUGAAGCAUUUAAGGGUACAUGUUACUUUGAAUAUUAGACCCGUUAAUUCUGACGUCAUCAACAUUUAAAAUCACAACAAUAAUUUCAUAAUUCAAAAGUGUCCAUAUGAAGUUUUCCGUUCAAGUGUGUCACCUUUAUUUCAACUGGUCUUAUAAUUACCAACUGGCAAUUUUCUUAAAUGCGGAACUCUCUUGGAAUGGAGAUUCAUUCACAGUAAGGUAGCAUAUUACCUUAAAUACAAUUUAACUGAUGAUCACAUAUGCUUUGAUUUAAGUUGUAGAAGGUGUAUCUUUUCUGUAUUAUCAAAUCAAUACCUGCAGUUUAAGAAAUGUAUAAUAAAAUUAAUCUACGGAUGUUAAACAUAGCUAUAUCUUUUUAGAUUAAAUUCUAAUGAUGAAUGAUUUUGGUAAAGAUGGAUGUUCAUGUUGAAUCUGAAAUCCUUAUAAACAAUAGAAUUGAUGGCUUGUAUUUAUUUCUGUACAAAUUAAACACGAGUAUUGUAGUUUAUGAAUUAUAAAUGUAUGAAGAGCAAUAAUUUUUAUAUUGUUUAAAAAUUUAUUGUCAAUUAAAUUUUUCUUGAUCUAUCUACUGUAGGUAGCAUUAAUUAAUUGUAUUUGUUGUGUAAAGGUUUGUGAUAUGUAUGAAUAAUCUUUGCUUCUGCAGUUAUGUCAAAUUUGAAUUAUAGUAACUACAACUGACUUUUUUUUUAAUUUUGGGAGUCAUUAUAUCAAUGCUAUUACAAAAAGAAGUCUUGGACUUGUGCUUUCUGUAGCGAACGGAGUACAGAAGUCUGCUAGAGUAUCUCUUAGUAAAUGGAUCCAUCAAUAUUUAAAUAAUGACACUCUGGACUCCUGAAAAAAAGAGCUUCAAAACUCGCUGAACAUCAUUUGGGAAAACAUAGAUCUGGAAAUGUAUCUUGUUGGUAAAGAAGUGUACUUUGUAGUCCUUGUUGGUAAAAUCUUAUGCACACGUAUGUAAUUUCAAAACUUUUGGGUGGUACAAAACUAGAUAUACAUUAUCAUGAGAGGAGUGUGUACGAAUCUGUGAGAACUAUAGGGAUGGAAAUGGAAUGUUUCAGUCCACGAUAAGGAGAAUUAAGGGAGAAUUUCUGUGUCGUAGGAGGAUGUUAGUGUGACGUACCUAGACAUGAUUUUACUUCCACAGAUGUGCUAUGGAGCCUACCCUAUGUGUAAUCCGUGUAUUGGGUAGGAGACUUUACACCUUGGGACGGUGAGCUGUUGUGUAAUUAAACACUAUAGCAUUCAUUAUACAUGUAAGGCUAUGAUAAAAAUUCACACAAAAAAAUGAUUUUUUUUUACUGAAAUCUUAGUCUAGAGUUUGGGAGAAUAGUAUUUGCUCUGGUGAUUAUAUUUGACCAAUCAAAAUUCUUCUUCUAAAAGCUCCAAUAAAUGGAGAACUUUUUCAGUUUAUUGCAAAAUUAAGGAAAACUAGAGACAAUUUUCCAAUAAAAUGACAACAUUUAUACCAGUGAAUGCAUCUGUAAACACGUUGUAAUAUAUACGAUUUUAAUUGCGAGGCAGUGAUAGUGUGCAUAGUUUCUAGCCUCCAUGUUGCUUGAUGUUUUGUCUGUGCUGUUGGUUUCUUCACUUUUUAUGUAAUUACUCAUUCCAAAGACAUUAUUUUAUUUGUAUUUAAAUACUAUGUACAUACCUGUAUGUAAAAUAAUCACAACCACUGUUACAUUGGAUACUCAUGUACCAAAUAAAUCUAUCAUGUCAAUUAUA